AUGAUAAUUAAGGUCAACUCGGCUCAAACUUUGGAGAAUGAAGAUUCCAAGCAGGUUCAAAAUGGAAAUGCGUGCAAAGAUGAAAAAAGUGUAAGAAUAUACGCCGACGGAAUAUACGACCUCUUGCACUUAGGCCACAUGCGGCAAUUAAAGCAAGCCAAGCAAAUGGAAAAGGAAGUAACGCUUAUCGUAGGGGUUUGCAGUGAUAUAGACACGAGAAAAUUUAAAGGACAAAUUGUGCAAACAUUGGAGGAGAGAACGGAGACUUUGAAACACAUUCGGUGGGUCGAUGAAAUCGUAUCUCCUUGCCCUUGGGUGAUAACACCCGAGUUUAUGGAAGAGCACAAAAUUGACUUUGUCGCUCAUGACGAUAUUCCCUAUGCUAAUAAUCAAAAGAAGAAAAAAAAAAAAAAAGCAAAUCGAACAGUAUUGAAGAGCCUAGUGAUGAUAUAUACGCGUGGUUGAAUGAAAAAAAAUCUAAUAAGGUGGGGAGAAAAAGUAACAGACGAGUUAACCAAGGUUACUCUCACUGAUAAACCACUCGGGACCGACUUUGACCAAGGAAUAGAUAUAAUAAGAGACAAGGUGCAUGGAUUAUUCAAACUGUGGAGACAGCAUUCGAAAAAGCUUCUAAAAGAUUUUGCAAAAUCAUUUGAUCCCAUGUUUAUAAUUAUCCGAAAAAAAAGUAAAAAAGAUAACCUAUCAGGGAUGACUGUGAAAGAAGAUUUAAAGAAAAGAAAAAGCUUAAGUAAUACUAUAAACAAUAUUGAUGAGUAUUACUACUCAGCUGAUGAGGAUGAUGACAGUAGCAGGGUAACCAACGUAUUUGGAGUUAUUAGUAGAGUUGCUAAUGAGUCUUAUAACAACGACAUGGAUAAUUAUGAAACGUGUUUUGAGUUGGAGGCUUGUUUGAAGGAACGGCGUAGGUGGGGAGACCCCAUUGGAAGCACCGCCAGAAGUAAACACACUCCUCAUGACAACGUUAAGUUAGCCCCAGACGAACUGCUAUCACUUUCUGGUGAAACGCAAACGAAGAAUGGCCCUCAGUCAAACCAUUCUAAUGGAAGCCCAAAUGAAAAGUCAAUAAACGCAAACAGUGUAAACAGAAAGAGCGAUUACGAUUUGUAUAAUAAGAUGACGUACCAUGAUAUAAUUGAUGAAGAAGGGGAUUUUCCCAUGGGGGCAAUAACCAACAAAGGUGUGGUGGAGAAAAAUUCCAUCGAGAUGAGCUCUUGCAGAGAACAUAAAAGUAACAGUUACGAUAAGGAUGAAUAUAACAGCUGCUCAGAUCAUCACUAUGGAGAUAGCAAGUAUAGUCAUAUGAAAAUAAAAAGGAGGAAUAACUCCAGUAAGAGUAAAUUAUCAAAUGUGGAAAAAAUGGAAGAUUCUGCAGAAGAAAGUCAUUUUAGCUGUAGCGAAGGAGGAAGUAGCCACAGUAACAGCAGUAGUUAUAGUAGCGCCAGUGCUGGAACAGGUCACACGCCAGAAAGCAGUGAUGCAUCCGAGUGUCCCAAAAGGAAGGAUAAUCAGAGUGAUGUUACCGGGGAGGGGAACCACCAAGACGAGGACACACAGGGGGUGAACAAAUCGAGUCAGGGAAAAAGGGGCGAAACUGACCAAGCGGACCAAGUGCGAAAGGGUAUCCCAAAGGAAAAGAAAAAAAUUGUAAUUUAUGCAGACGGUGUGUACGACAUGCUGCACCUGGGGCACAUGAAACAACUGGAGCAAGCGAAGAAGAUGUUCGAAAAUACAACCCUCAUAGUAGGUGUGACUAGCGACAAUGAGACGAAGCUUUUCAAAGGACAGAUUGUGCAAACAUUGGAAGAAAGAACAGAAACGUUGAGACACGUCAGAUGGGUCGAUGAAAUAAUUUCACCCUGCCCUUGGGUGAUAACUCCCGAGUUUAUGGAGGAGCACAAAAUUGACUUUGUCGCGCAUGACGAUAUUCCCUAUGCUAAUAAUCAAAAGAAGAAAAAAAAAAAAAGCAAAUCGAACAGCAUUGAAGAGCCUAGUGAUGAUAUAUACGCGUGGUUGAAGAAGGCGGGGAAGUUCAGAGCUACGCAGCGGACAGCAGGAGUAUCCACCACUGACUUGAUUGUGAGAAUUUUAAAAAAUUAUGAGGACUAUAUUGAGAGGUCGUUACAGAGGGGUAUCCACCCGAACGAACUCAACAUCGGCGUCACAAAGGCACAGUCAAUUAAGAUGAAAAAGAACCUAAUCAGAUGGGGAGAAAAAGUAACAGACGAGUUAACCAAAGUCACACUGACCGAUAAACCCCUCGGCACCGACUUUGACCAAGGGAUAGAAAAUCUCCAAAUAAAAUUUAAAGAAUUAUUUAAAAUAUGGAAAAAUGCAUCUAACAAAUUAAUCAAUGAUUUUACAAGCAAACUUGACACAACAUCGUAUUUGUCUUCCCUCCAAAACUUCGUCGACAAUGAGUACGAGUUGUACGACUCUGCUAGCAGUGCCUGUGACGAAGAAACCAACAGUUGA